UAAUAUCUCGGGUUCAGCCGACAGUUUACAGUGAUCGCUAUCCUGAAUUGCUCUGGAACGAAAUAUAAGCUUUUCUGAAUUCACAUGGUACUAACCUCCAUAAGAUCGCGGCGUUGGAUGCCGUUUAAGUCAAGUUGCAUUCAGAAUGCGACUCAGAAAAUCCAAUCAAAACAAACAAUUCAAAUCUCUUCUCUCCUUCGACCUAUCCGAUGACGAUCAACCGGCUCCACCGCGUCGGGGCUCCGACCCAUCCGAUGAGGAGUUCAUAGUUGAUGCUCAGCAGCAGCUAGAUGACCAAGAUGAACGUGAUGCUGAACCCCAAGAUUUAUCGGAUUUUGAAUCCCUCAAUGGCAAACAGCCCGAGUCAGGACGCAAGAAAAACAGGCGUUCGUGGGCGCCAGAUGCGACCAAACCACUCAACGAAGUACAACCCUACCCAACGGACCCGUCUCAAAAAUGGACGAGAACUUACGUCGGCCCGGUUAAGAGGUGGACACGGCUGGCCGAUUUAGUAGACUACUGGUUUGGUGAUAAACUUGAUUGUAGGAAGACUUUCGACGAAUUCAUGAAAUUGUGGUGGAAUUUCGAGCUUCUUCCCCCGAAGCUUCCUCAGGACUCACGUCAACUACAGAGGGCACAAAAUAGUUGGAUGCCGGAUAACUUCAUCGAAGACCUUGACGGCAAGUUUUGUCGUUGGUAUGAGAGGUAUCUUUCUACACGGGAUGUUUCGCAGUCAUCGACAUUAAUUGACAAAACCAAGGCCUUCCGCUGGUUCAUUCCACAAGCCGACGGCAAUAUGAGCGUACUCCUUGGGCAUAUAUCAGAUCAAAAGGAAUAUAUUAUGAAGCAAAGGGAAAGCAUAGCUUUUUCGGAUUCGGGGAUCCCAAUUGCAUAUGGAGAAAACCAAGAGUCACAGAAUGGCGGCUGGUUACUUGAUGUGGGAGGAAUUGUCCUCUCUAUGGCGUGGGCACCGCUAAAAGGACAAGUUGACCAGCUUUUAGCUAUGGCAGUCAUCCCACACUCAGAUCAAGCAUUCCACAGAGACCUAAACGAUGUACCAAAUGCGUCGGAGCUGAAAGAAGGAGCCGUCCAAAUUUGGAAAUGUGAAGUGGAGAAGGACUCGAAUGGUGUUCUUCGGCCAGCACUUUCCUCCCCAAAAUUGGCGUAUACCAUAUGCUUCCAUUGGGGAAGGCCGUUGCGAAUGCAAUGGUGUCCUGUCCCACCUACGUUUAGUCAUGGUGUGGCUCUAUUAGCUGUGUUGUGCGCAGACGGAAAGUUGAGGGUAAUCGAGAUCAAGCGUGACCAAGGAAACGCAGUUAGGGAAGUUUUUGAGGAAUUGCAGGAGCCAAUGAUUGCCAUCGAACCUCCAAAAGAAUAUACGUUGGAAAUCAACUGCUUUGCUUGGUUGAAUAUGAACCGCAUUGCUGUUGCCCUUUCGGACGGUUCGGUGACAAUAUGGUCAUUAUCACCUCGUCAACAGCUUCAGCGCCAUCCUAUUCAUUCGAGCCCUAUUAUGGAUAUUGUAUCUGGCUAUCCCUCUAGUCCCUUUAUCGUCGCAACCGUGCCAAUGGGUGGCGUGCUCACCCUAACCGAUCUAAAUCGGCCUACUGCAGAGAAGACGUAUCACGGAAACCCAUUGAUUUCUCUCCAGCCGAACCUACUUUCUUGGAACGAUCACAUAGGAGGUUUCGCGUCCAUAUGGCCUUCAUCGUAUCCAGGAACUUCAUCUAUCUCCUUUGUCCAUUCUCGGGUGUUCCCAUUAUCUCGCCAUAUAUGUACUGUCGAUGGUCUGACAAGUUGCCUUACAUUCGGGACUUGUCAUCCGUUCCUCCUUGCAGGAGGCACAGAUGGUUCGGUCUGGAUCCUUAACGUUAUGCGUAAAAUCGCAUCUCACAGACAGACAACACACAAGUUGAAACUUUUCCAACACGAAUACCACCCAACGCCGCUAGAAGAUACAGCAAAUGAGGACGAGGAUCAACCUGCGCCCCGUGGUGCAUGCCGUAUUCUCCAUGGCUUUCGACCCCAGGUCAACAUCCAUCCACUAGGCACGAGAAUCGCUAAAGAGAGUCGGGUGAAGCGUGCAAGAAAAGACAAGAAGAAGAAAGCCCAGAAAGAACAGGAGGCUGAGGUAUCCGAUGAUCCGGGGGAGGUGGACGAAGAUAAUAUUGUGAUGGCUCCGGGCCCUAUCAUUAUCCAUGACCCUCUUACUCGAAUCACGGCCGUAUCCUGGAACCCGAACGCGGAGUUUGGCUGGUGGGCCGCGGUAGCAAUGGGGUCUGGGUUAGUGAGGAUUAUGGAUCUCGGCGUCGAGAGAUCAGAAGACAUUUCGGACGAAGAUAACGAGUCGUUGGAGCAGGCUGAAUUAGGGGAUGACAUGGCCGAAGAAUUUGACGAAGGUUAUGAUGGUCCUACUUACGAGGAUGAGAUGGAGGAAGAUUAAAAUGAUACCCAGAAAAGCCUUUUAAUUUUGGCCUACUCACCUACACGAUACCCUAUACCUAAAAAAAAGUAAUUAACGAGAUAUUCAAUAUUUCCAACUUUUCAAGUGCAUGAUAAAAUUUAUCUUUCCCGAAAAAAAAAAAAA